AUGGAUAACCUGACAUUUACAAACAGCAUUCUUCUGGUGGAGGGACUGAAAGUUACACCUCAGUCAUCUUAUCCUGUUUUUAUCCUGCUUCUGUUAGUUUAUAUCUUUGCAAUGGGAUGUAACAUAAUACUUAUAAUUCUCAUCUCAACACAGAAGAAUCUGCAUCACCCUAUGCAUUUUCUGUUUUGUAAUCUACCACUGAAUGAUAUAUUAGGUACCACGGUCAUUUUGCCACGCUUGUUACAGGAUAUUUUAACAGAAGCCUCUGAGCGAUAUAUGACCUAUGUGGAGUGUGUUGUUCAAGCUUAUUUUGUGCAUAUAUUUGCAGCAGCAAGCAUAUUAUUGGUGUCUAUUCUGUUAGGCCUCACAAUACGUCUCUCGCGCUGUAGAUAUACAAUUGAAAAUCCUUUUUGUGACAAUGCCUCACUGUUUAAACUGUCCUGUGAAAAUGUAUCUGUUAAUAAUGUUUUUGGACUUAUUUACAGUGUAUUUAUUUUUACUUUAUCACUUGGGUCUGUAUUUAUAACGUAUUUCAAGAUUGCUACUGUGUGCAUUAGCAGUAAAAACAAAGCGCUCAACAGCAAAGCCAUAAAAACCUGCAGCACUCACAUAGCUGUUUAUUUAAUCAUGUUUGUUUCUUGCGCCACCAUGAUUUUUCUCCAUCGUGUUCCUGAAUAUUCUGACAGCAGGAAACUAGCUAGUAUAAUGUUUCACAUUGUACCACCAGGAUUGAAUCCAUUAGUGUAUGGCUUACAAACCAAAGAGAUAAGAGAAAAAAUUGUUCAACUUGUUUGGUAUUUCUGGAACUGUGAGUUGGAAGAGAGGAGAGGGCAGAGUCGGCUCGGCGUUACAGUAUUGAUCUCCCCCGAUGUACAGGAGGCCUCUGGGAAGGCCUGUGCCAAGACGUUCUACUACACAAGGUCUGUGAGUACAUCUACCUACUGGUUGCAGUGUAGUUACAGAGAAGAGGAGGGUGCCACGGUAUCAAGAGAUAAGGCAAAGGAGCUUCCGUUCCCCUGCCUUCCCCUCCCUCUUAGUGGUGUCCUUGCACCUGGAUCCCUCUCCCCCCCCUGCAAGAUCCAGCUGGAGGGACUACUGAACUGUGAGCCUGUUAAGAUCGAGCUGACAGAGGAAGCACUCCCCUAUAGCGUCAACACGCCAUGCAGAGAUCCAUUUCCGCUUCUUCCAAAAGUGACAAAAGAGCUAAAGCGUAUGCUGAGCCUCAAUAUCAUUGAAGAAGUUACAGAGCCGACAGACUGGCCGACAAUGUUGCCCGCUCCAAAAGGCAACAAGGAUAAUGUCAGAGUUCUGGCAAAUUCUAAUGGACCCCAGCUGCCAAAAAUUGACAACCUGCAUCACCCCAAUGGGCCUGUUCAGCUUCAUACAUCUGUCAUUUGCGUCCGGUCUCAAGCUCAACAGGGCCAAGUGUCACUUUGGAAAGAACUGCAGUUCUUUGGACAAAUCAUUAGAGUGGAGGGUGUGAAGCCUGAUGAGAGCAAGGUGGAGGCUAUCGCUCCAACAUGGAGCAGCUACGGCAGGUGCUCGGACUGGUUAACUAUAUUGGAAAUUCCUGCCGGGCCUGUCUACAGUGUUGCAUCCACUCACUAA